UCCUUUCCAAGGGUUUUGCCUUUGCUUUUGAGUUUGUUCCCUAUUUGAUUCUCAACCUCUCUCUCUCUCUCUCUCUUUCUGUGCUUUUUUAUUGUCUCCAUCUUCUCCAAAUUUCUUAUCCUUUUUUCGCAUUUUGUUUCACUUCAAUUUUCAUUGGUCUUCGACUUUAACCCUUCCUUCCUUCUUCUGCGAAUUAGGGUUUUAUUUUCAAUUGGGUAUUUUUUCCUCCGGGGAUAGUUUCCUCGAUCUGCGUCAAUAACUCUGCGACAAUGCCUCCGAGGGUAGUGAAGAGAGGCGCUGCAGCGAAGAGGGCGUCGAGAGGAUCCUCGAAGGCUGCACCUGAUAACCAGCGUGAGCCAGAAACUGCUGAAGUGGAGGCCAAAAAUCAUGCAGAAAAUUCAGCUGUUGAUGUUGGAAUGGAAGAAAAACACUUUGUCGUGGACCAAGAGCUUCCGGAAGCCCCAAAUGGGUCGGCUAAGGUGGAAAACAAUGAAGAGGAGGUUAAGGAGUCUAUAGAUGAAUAUGAAAAAGGUGAACAUUUAGAUUUAGAGGAUAAUUAUCCUGAGUAUGAAGCAGAGGAUUAUGGUGGUGUUGACUAUGAUGAAAAGGAAAUUGAACAAGAUGAAGGUCAGGAUGAGGCAGAUGAAGUAGAGGAAGAACCUGAAGAGAUUAUAGGUGACGAAGAGGGUGAUACAGGUGAUGAAGAAGUUGAAUAUGUUUAUGAAGAAGUUGAGGAUGACGAUGAUGGUGAACAUGCUGGUGAGGAGCAUGAGCAUGAUGAGCAUGCCCAGGUGCCUGACGUGGAGGAAGAGGAACACCGCGAAGUUGUAAAGGAGAGGCGAAAGCGUAAGGAAUUUGAAGUAUUUGUGGGGGGACUAGAUAAGAAUGCUACCGAGCAUGAUCUGAAGAAGGUUUUCAGCAAAGUUGGGGUAGUUACUGAAGUCAGGCUGAUGAUAAAUCCCCAGACUAGAAGAAACAAGGGAUUUGCAUUCUUGCGUUUUGAAACUGUUGAGCAAGCAAAAAGAGCUGUGGUGGAGCUAAAAAAUCCAGUGAUUAAUGGUAAACAAUGUGGUGUUACUCCAAGUCAGGACAGUGAUACUCUCUACUUAGGUAACAUAUGCAAGACUUGGAAAAAGGAAGCUUUGAAGGAGAAACUAAAACAUUAUGGAGUAGAAAAUGUGGAGGAUUUGACUUUAGUAGAAGAUGAUACCAAUGAGGGGAUGAACCGAGGAUUUGCAUUUUUAGAGUUUUCAUCUCGUUCAGAUGCUAAGGAAGCCUACAGGAGAUUGCAAAAGAGAGAUGUUGUGUUUGGAGUUGAUAAGCCUGCGAAGGUUUCCUUUGCUGAUUCCUUUAUUGAUCUGGGUGAUGAAAUUAUGGCACAGGUUAAAACUGUAUUUAUUGAUUCACUACCUCCGUCAUGGGAUGAAGAUUAUGUCCGGGAUCUUCUCAAGAAAUAUGGAGAGAUUGAAAAAAUUGAGCUUGCUAGGAACAUGCCAGCUGCACGCAGGAAGAACUAUGGAUUUGUUACAUUUAGUACACAUGCUGCUGCUGUGGAAUGUGCUGAUAGCAUAACUAGUGCAGGGUUAGGUGAAGGUGACAGAAAGGCAAAAGUUAGGGCAAGAUUAUCACGGCCUCUUUCCAAACCUCUUCAGAGAGGCCGUGGGAAACACAAUAACCAUGGGACAGACUUUCGUUCUGGUCGCAACUCUGGAAGAUUGGCAAGACCUUCACGGGGUCGACCUGCUCCAUCUAGUUAUCCUACCCGUGUGGUUAGAGGCAUUGGAAGUCGUGCUCCACCAGUUAGACCUGUUAGUGUUAGAAGUAGACGUCCUGUCACAUCCAUGCUAGAAAGAGACAGGCCAGUUGCUCCUCCAGCUAGAACCUUUGAAAGGAGAUUGACUGCUCCUGCAUAUUCAAAAAGUGGCAUGAAAAGAGACUAUAGUCGACGUGAGGAUCUACCGCCUCCAAGAAGCAGAGUUGCUGCAGAUUAUGGCUCUAGGAUAGCAUCUCAGAGGCACACAUCUUAUAGGGAUUAUCCUGCCCGUGGUUCUGACUACCCUGAGCUACAUAGAAGUAGUUCUCGUGCUGCACCAAAGAGGGGUUAUGUUGAUGAUGGCUAUGGCCAAAGAUUUGAGAGGCCUCCUCCUCCCCAUCUAAGUUAUCGAGAAGGACGACCCCGUGACUAUGAAACUAUAGCUGGCUCAAAACGUCCUUAUACUGCUAUAGAUGAUGUUCCUCCACGGUAUGAUACUGGUGCUCGCCAAUCAAGAUCCCGUUUAGAUUAUGAAUACGGAAGUAGUGCUUCACAGUAUGGAGAUGCUUAUCGUGAUAGACUUGGAAGAUCUAGUCUGGGAUAUAGUGGCAGCAGAACUUCCAUUUCUAGUCAAGAAUUACAUGGGACGUAUGGCAGUCGACAGGGCAUAAGUUAUGGUGGAGGUUCUUUUGGUGGUAGUGAUGGUGGUAUGUACACAUCAAGUUAUGGUGGUGAAUACGAAUCUCGUGGAAGUGAUGUUGGGGGCCGCUCAUAUUCGUCCAUGUACUCUGGUAGAGGUGUGGGUGGUGGUAGCAGCAGCUAUAUGGGUGGUGGUGGCGGCUCUGGGUCUUAUUAUUGAGAUCUAAAUACAUCAAAAAGACUGCUGUAGGGUGUGGAAUUUGAAGCUUAUACUCAAUAUGACGCCCUACCAUUUGGAGCUGAGCAUUACUAAGUAAUUGCCUGGUUUAGGAAUGUCACUAAUUGAAGGGUUAUGUCAAUUCAAGUCUUCUCUCGAUGGACAAGACAAAUUCCUACUUCUUGAAUUUGUGCUGUAAGCUGAAGUUGAUUAUAAUGGAAAGAGAAAUGCUGAGCAUAUGAUGUAUAAUUUAACUUCGUAUUAUAAGGUUCCCUUAUGGGUGGGAAAUGUGAAAGAUCACACUCCAUGUCCUGUACAAUUGGAAAGAACCAAGGCCCUGGAUAUUACUUUUUGAUUACGGAUUAUUGGAUUUUUUCCUGCUGUCAUAAAGUCGGUUUUUUUCGUCACAACAGAGAUAUUUUUCUUUGGAUUGAUUAUGUAUUCGCCAGUGGUAUGAUCACGAACAAGAAUGAACUACGCUGCACUUUGUGGAGCUACCAUUGAUAGUAGUAAUAUGAGCACUACUUCGGCAAUAAAUAAAGGAAAGUUUACGAAAUAGUAACACAUCCUAGAAAGCAUGAUGAACUGAUAGUGUGUUGCUGGAGUGUUUAACAUGAUAUCUUGUACGGAGAGGGGGAGUACAAGAUCCAAAUGGAGCAUUGUAUAAUUUUCCUUGAGAUCCUUUACUUGCCCCCCUCGGAAUUUUUCUUUUUCUUUUUGCGAUGCAUCUCUUUUCCACACUUCAUUACUAUCCAAUCCAGUUGCGUAAUAUCUGGAAGACCAAUUACCCUUAUGCUAUAUCAUUGGAAAAUGCAACUUUACGAGGUUGUAAAGUAGCUGAAUGGAUUCAAUAUCAUCUGUGUUACUGGAAGAUUUUGAAUUUCAAGAAAUUAAGGGGAUUGGCGUUUUAUAUCCAGGUUAUAUAUCCUGCAUGAUUUAACUAAACUCAUGCCCCAAUGACAAACAAGAACUAACCAAAAUGUCAUACUAAAAACUGUCUUCUCGUGAAUUUUUUAACUCCAGUUGGCUAGUUAGUUUCCAAGUCGCCUUAAGUAGCAAAUACUUUUUAAGUAUUUAAUAUGUUUGGAGUCUUAAAAGGCCUUGGAAGCUGAUGCCUGUGAAAUUAGAAUUCAAAUUACUGACUUUUUUAUAUUUAAAAGAUUCUUAGGAUAUUUUAACAGUUCACCUGCCUUUCAAAAGUGCUUCUAAUCCAUACUAGGUUUAAUAUAAUGAUGUUUUCUUUUAUAUUUCAUGCAAAUCCGAAUUCUCUACAUUGCUUUAUGUUUAUUUAGAUCCUUGUGCUUCUUGUGAAUGAUUGGUCUCUCAGUCUGGAUUUGCAUUGUUCUUAGAUUCUUUUUUGUUGAAAGGCUUUCAUUUCACUGCCCUUCAUGGUGUGUGGGAUCUUACCUGACUUGUUGGAUUUUAGUUUCCAGUGUGCUCUUUUUCUGCACUGCAGGGUGUUGCCCCUCACCAAGUUCUUUUAUAAAAUUUGUUUCUGCAUUGCUC